AUGAACGUUCCUCUUCCUCAGCAACAGAACAAAUGCACGACGUUAGUGAAAAAUAAAACUGCCGCCACAGCGACUGCCUUGCAGCUAACGUACCCUCUGUUUACAGCCAACGCGUGCCCUGCUGCUGGGAAUUCUGCUCUGUCACAGACACAGAGUUCUAGUAACUCAUGUGCUGCACUUGAAGCUGCCAAGCACCAGGAUAUUGGAUUGCCUAGAACAUUUUCUUUCUGUUAUCAGCAAGAGAUUGAAUCCACUAAACAGACUUUAGGUGGUAGAAACAAAGCUUUGCCUGAGCAGGUUUGGAUUAAAGUGGGAGAAGAAGCGCUAUGUAAACAAGCAAUAAAUAAGAGGAAUCGGAGCAGAAUACGCCAGCUGGACACAAGUGUGGAACGGAGAGCCCUCGGAGAGAUUCAGAAUGUGAGCGAAGCUUCCACAGCCGCACAGGGCACUUGGCAGGCCGCAGAGUCCUCGCAGGCAAACCUGGGGGAGCAGACCCAGAGUGUGCCCCAGGGAGGACGGUCGCAGCGUAGGGAGAGGCAUAACCGAAUGGAAAGAGAUAGAAGGCGCAGAAUCCGCAUUUGUUGUGAUGAGUUGAAUCUCUUAGUCCCGUUCUGCAAUGCUGAGACUGAUAAGGCAACAACUCUUCAGUGGACCACAGCGUUCCUAAAAUAUAUUCAGGAAAGACAUGGAGAUUCUCUCAAGAAGGAAUUUGAAAGUGUAUUUUGCGGUAAAACUGGCAGAAGGCUAAAGCUGACCAGACCAGACUCCUUGGUGACCUGUCCUGCACAGGGCAGUCUACAGAGUAGCCCCACGAUGGAGAUCAAGUGAUCGGACUGAACAGGAAUCCUUAGGGAGUAAAGGGCCAUUCCUUCGUGAUCCAUAAAUGUUUUCUAUGAUCCUGGAACUCCACUCUGUUAGUCUAACUCGGAAGGGACGUGACUCAAGCUGAUGGGACUCCAGUAGGAACUUUGAGAGCUCAUUUUGUAAAAAUAUCUAUCUAGAACAAAAUACUUAUCCAUUAAUGUCCUCUUAGACCAUUUGGGGAUGAAGACAUCUUGAUAAUUAGUAAGUAAUUUUUCAAUUAUCUGUCUGAUUCCAUCAUGUUUUCUUAACAUGAUAACUUAAAAAAUUAACAUCCUUUGUAAUAUCUCUAGUCUUGAAGGGUACAUUGCUUUUUCUUCAUUUACAUUUUAAAUAUGCCCCUUUAGCAAUUGGAACAAGUUAAAUUGUCCUUAACUAGACGUAGUUUGGAAUUUUAUUUCAUGUUACAUCACUCCCCUGUAAUGAUUUCCUGUCGUAUGGUACUGGGUUGCAAGAUGCAGUACUAUUUUAAACCUUUUUGCUAAAAAUUUUCCAGACUUCUUUUAAAGCU